AUGCGAGACGAGCUUCGGGAACUUGCUAGGAAAUAUGAGGAGGAACAGAAUAAAAGGUUGAAAGAGGAGCGACGUAGGAUAGUGCUUGAGUCAGACUUCAAAGAACUCAAGGCCCAAGUGUGUAACCUCAUCAAGUUGCCCCGUUCUCCACCCCCGAGGCCCGAUCAUGAUGAUGGAGAGGAUGCAGAGGAUGAGGAGGAUCAGGAGCAUGGAGAUGAUAAGGAUCAGGAGAAUAGAGAGUAUGGAGAGACUGAAAUGGAAUGCUAUGUGUGCCAAAAAGAGUCAGAGUCAGUUAACAUCUUUUUUUGCAUUGCCCUGUUGCAACAGAUCUCUGUUUCUAUUGAUCGGCUAUUGAAAUAUAAGAAUAUAGCAGGUAAAUCAAGAUUUUUUAGUAGUGUUAGUAAGUGGUCCAGAAACAGUAUUGGUGAUGUGUUUGAAAAUGUCAAGAAAUUUGAGACGGAAGUUUCAGAUGCAGAAACCGCUUAUUUAAACUCUGAUGCUGAUGCUGAUAGAAUGCUGCUUAAUAAGACUAAAGCUGAAUACAUCAAAUGGUUGAAAAUGGAAGACUCUAUUUUAAGGCAAAAAGCUAGAAUCAAAUGGGCAGAAGAAGGGGAUUCCAAUACGAAGUACUUUCAUAGUACUAUCAAGGCAAGGAGAAGAAGAGCCCAAAUUUAUAAGAUUAAAGAUCGAAAUGAUCAUUGGGUAGAAGGUAACGCAAAUAUCUCCAAAGUUGCAAUUGAUCAUUUCAGUGAAAUUUUCACUGGGAACCCAAGGGAUAUGAACUUGGACUUUAUUAGAGGAUGUGAUAAUUUGGGAGACCCCCUAUUUCCUGCUCUUUUUAUUAUUGCUGCUGAAACUCUAUCAAGAUCCUUGAAUCAUCUUAAUCAAAAUGAUAAGUUCAUUAAUUUUUCCAUGCAUAAAAAAAGGCCCCAAAUUAAUCACCUAAGCUAUGCUGAUGACCUUGUCCUUUUCACUUCUGCUGAUAAAUUUUCUAUUAAGCUCAUUAUGAAUCUGCUAAGGUUGUAUCAAAAUGCUUCUGGUCAGGAGAUUAACAAUGAUAAGACCUUCUUUAUCACCCAUAGUAAGACUAACAGGAUUUAUAACAGGAGGAUAAGAAGGUGGACUGGUUACAAACAAUCUUCUUUCCCCUUCACUUAUUUAGGUUGUCCUAUAUACAGUGGUAGGAAGAGAAUCUCUUAUUUUUCUGAUAUUUCCAAAAAGGUUCUUAAUAAGAUUGCAGGUUGGCAAGGAAGAUUCUUAUCCCCUGGAGGUAAGGCCACCAUUAUUAAGCAUGUUCUACAAUCACAAGCCUUACAUAUAUUUGCUGCUUUAAUGCCACCUGUUACAUCACUCUAUGAGAUUGAAAUGCAGUUUGCUAAUUUCUUUUGGGGUGAGAAAGACGGGAAAAAUAGUUAUCAUUGGUCCUCUUGGGAUAACAUGAGUUAUCCCACCAAAGAAGGGGGCCUAGGUUUUAGGAGCUUACUUGACAUCUGUCAUACUUUUGCUGCUAAAAGAUGGUGGAGAUUGAGAACAGAACCUUCUUUGUGGGCACAAUUUAUUAGAGCAAAGUAUUGCCAGAGAAGCAAUCUCAACUCUAAGAUAAUUGCUCCAAAGGACUUGCCUGCCUGGAAAGACUUACUUCAUAUCAGAGACAAAAUUGAGGCUAACAUCAAUUAG